AUUCCAGCGACUCACCGACAUGAGAUUGGCACAACAGAUCCCAAUUAAUUUUUGUGUAAUCAUUGAUUACGGCUUUGUGAUGAUCUUUAUAUAGAAUUUAAUACAAGAGUAAAUCGAGUUGCAGUAAAUAACAUUGAGAUAGCUAUAACCCCCCCCACCCCAAAAAAAAAAAAAAAAAACGGUGGUCAUAUGCAUUUAAGUUGUCAAAUAAAAAUUCACAGCAGAUCUUUCCAUAAGGGAGACGACGUUUCCUCAGCAACGAGAAGCCAACUGAUUCAGCGCAUCAGAGCGUCUCCGUCCAAAAUGAAUUCGAAAAAUGCCAAAGAUCUUAAGAGAAGCGAAGUUCAACCGGCGAAAUCUGGUGGAAAAAAAGGAAACCAUGGUAAGCGCCAGAUAUCCCAAAUCCCUGGACUGUCCCAAGUUAUCACAGUCACUGAUGAGAAGAACUUUGGCAAAAGAGUUGGCGUUCUUGACAGUGAUUCAGAAUAUACUAAGCUUGCAAAACAAGGCGGCCACAAAGGGCUUCUGUACUUUGAUGACUCAAUCGAUCCCAAGCCGAACACUUUCGACUCUGCAGAAGUUCUUGCUGAUGGGCCAAUAGAAUCUCUUGGCAACGUAAAUGUCAUUUGCACCAAAGAGAGGAAAAGUCCGACAACUCCUUCACAGAGGCCGCUUCCUCCUUUUUGGACAGACAAUAUGUCUACAUGGGAGAGGGAUGGUGGCAGCCCUCGCAAAGAGAAGAACAAGAAGGUUCCUGACAAAGAGUCGGUGCAAUCGCAGACGUCCCCUCCAAAUAAUGGAGGGAGCAAAUUCAGGAGGACGGUCUCUAGCAAGAAAUCAUCUCCAGUGAACAUGUCGAAGUUGUUGAGUUUUGGUUAUGUUGAUGAGGACAAAGCAUCGGCAAAUGAGACGGAGUCAAGUGCAACAUAAUCGUCUGGCAUUUUAAUGUGUAGGCAUUUAUUUAUCAUGUGUUUGCUUUUUCAUAUGCAUCUGAAUCACAACAGAUAAUAAAAUGACAUGAAACCAAACUAAAGUACUGUAAUUUUUGCACUAUAAGGCGCACCUGACUAUAAGCCGCCACCCACCAAAUUUGACACGAAAACGACAUUUGUUCAUAGAUAGAACUGGACUAUAAGCCACAGCUGUCCUCACUGUAUUAUAU